AUGGCGGACAACAAGCCUCAGAAAUCCAGGAAGAGACCCUACUGCUGUCCUGAAGUACCAGCCAAACGGCAUCUGAUUGACCAAGCACAAUCAUCCCAGAGACGUCUUGUGCUGUACACUCCAUCCAGUGAGCUCCUGAGGUGUCUCAGACUUUUUCUACGUCGGAGAUGUUAUAAGAUCGAUCUCUCCCCUACAGAUCCUGUAAGAUGGCUAAGGAAUAUUGACAAUUAUCUCCUUAGUAUGGGCUACCAACCCGUAAGUUUCCUGAGCUCAGGCAGUGUCGUCUUCCUCUAUAUGCUGUGUCGAGACCUCAUCUCCCCAGAGGCAGACACCAUACAACAGCUUCAAGUGUCCUUCCUUACCUGCUACUUCAUCACCCACUGCUACACCGGCAAUGAGAAUUGGUACCCAGUAACACCAUUCCUGGUGGGCUCAAGGAUGGCCUUUUGGGACCGAUGCUUAUCAUACAUCAGAAUCAUGAGCUCCAAGAUGAUGCAGAUCAAUGCCAACCGCCAGUUUUAUAGUGAGACACUCGCUGAGCUGAAAGCUGUAGGAAGAUAA